GAACUGGUGGGAACAAAGUACAGAAAAUUAAUAGGAAUGGGCAUGGCAAUAUCCUUUGGCUUAGGACACACGCUUCUGGCACUUGAGGCAUAUUUCCUCAGAAAUUGGCGCUAUCUGGCUUUGGUAGCUUGCUCACCCGCUGUUAUUAUUAUAUUCUUCUAUUUUGUUUUCAACGAGUCGGUGAGAUGGUUGCUAUCACGAGGCAGACACAAAGAGGCUAAAAGAAUAAUCACUAAAGCAGCACGAGUAAACAAGGUUAAAUUAGAAGAAGAUACAUGGGAACGGCUUUUAAAAGAGGGAGAUGAGGAAAAACAAACAAAAACACACUCUCAGCUGGAUCUGUUCAGGACCUGGAAGAGAACUGUUCUGACUUUUAAGCUUGCGUUUUGCAGACUUUCAUUCGCUGUGGCCUACUACGGACUUGCCUUAAAUGCUCAGGGAUUGGGAGGCAAUAUUUACCUGAACUUCGCCUUAUUGGGCGCCGCAGAUUUGCCAAUUGUAGUACUUUCUUCGAUCAUUCUUGAUAAAACUGGACGACGAAAACUACUGGUCUCUACUUUAUUCUUUGGUGGUUUAGCCUGCAUAGCGUCUGGUUUGAUACCCAAAGAGGAACGAUUACGUUUUAGACUUUCAUUCGCUGUGGCCUACUACGGACUUGCCUUAAAUGCUCAGGGAUUGGGAGGCAAUAUUUACCUGAACUUCGCCUUAUUGGGCGCCGCAGAUUUGCCAAUUGUAGUACUUUCUUCGAUCAUUCUUGAUAAAACUGGACGACGAAAACUACUGGUCUCUACUUUAUUCUUUGGUGGUUUAGCCUGCAUAGCGUCUGGUUUGAUACCCAAAGAUUUCCAGUGGUUAGCCAUUGUAUCAGCAGUGGCGGGUAAAAUGCUGAUCUGCGCAGCUGGUGCACUGAAUGACCUCGUCGUGUCAGAAGUCUUUCCCACUGUUAUAAGACACACUGGCCUUAGUUUCUGUGUUUCCUUUGGCAGAAUGGGAGGUGUUCUAGCCUCACAAAUUUUAUUUCUCAAAACUAUAUAUCAGCCACUGCCCUUCAUCAUACUUGGUUCCUUGGCCAUAACUGGAGGAUUUGUGUCUUUUUUCCUCCCGGAGACCCGAGGAAAGCCACUGUUACAGACCUUAGAGGCAUGGGAUAUAGAACUCAAUGGCAGGAGUUUGAAAAAUCAAGCUCAGCAAGAUGAAAGAGACGCUGAUGAAGUGGAACUUGAAAAUAUGAAAAGUGACCAAAUUGCAACAGGGUGAAGUGGAUCGAGACCUGUUCACUUGGGUCUUUCACAUUGCCAGAUCAAGUGCCUCGCCUACCUCAGCCUAUGACACUCUAUGUAAAACAGUUAUAUUGAGAAAGACAUAAAAUUUGAAUUAUUAUACCCUUCGUAAAAUUCUUAGCCUUUGAUUGGUCAGUUACAGUGCCCUAUUAUGUAUAGUAUGCGUGUAGUUUAUUGUCUUUCAUUAUUACUCAUAACUAGGCCUCUGAUUGGUCAGUUUUAAAACCUGUUAAAAAGGAGAUUGUCACAUAAGAUGUCAAAAUUGUCUGGCUGUGGUGUUAUUAUCACUACAGUUCAUAAAAUAUUUAGAAUAUUUUAAUUGUUUAGAAAUGAUAAACGCAGCCGUUACGGUGACACCGACUAAGUAUGUUGCAUUUCUUGCCGCCAUGUACGAAAUUGCCAAAUCAUUAACAUCUCAUCCAGGUUUGGCCUUACAGAAAUCUGAAGCGGACUUCUAUGUUGCAUCAAAAAAAA